UCAUUCAUUGGCUGGCUGAUAGUGAAGUUUAGAAGUCAUUUUGCUGAUCUCGUUUUAUUUAUUUUCAUAGUUUCAAGCGUAUUUUCUUUCAUUUCAAAUGGUAAAGAAGUUUCAACGCGUGUGAAAUGGAUUUCCUGACGGUAGACCGUCCGGUGUCCACCUCGGGGACGGAGAAAACCGAGGGCGAGGCUAAAAACGAAGAUCUUGAGGUGGACAACUCAAAGAGUGUGCUGAAUAAAAUAGCCACCCUAUAUGCGGAGCAGCUGAUGAGCGACCUCACCCUAGAAGUGGGAGGGGUGGGGUACCCGGCACACCGUCUCAUUCUGUGUGCGAGCAGUGAAGUUUUCCAGGUGAUGUUGAUGAACCGUGAGUGGAGCGAGUGGCGGGAGAGCCGCAUCGUCCUUCAGGAGACUUCCACUGCUGUAUCUGUCUUCCCACAUUUUCUCAAGUAUUUCUACACUGGUCAGAUCCGGAUAUCGCACCAGACUGUGUUGCCAGUAUUAUCUUUAGCAGAUAAAUAUAAUGUUAAGGACUUGGUCGCGCUGUGUCUCAGCUACAUGUCGCAGCACAUCGCACAGGCCGCUAAGUUGGGGCAGCUCAUAGCCUGGAUGCAAUACACCAUGGCUUGUGGACACGACGACGUUGCUAAGGAUUGCCAAAACUUCGUGAAGUGGAACCUAGAGUGGCUGUGGCCAGACAUGGAGCUGGAGUCUCUAGAGGGAGAUACGCUGCUACAGUUGCUGCAGCAGUCAGACCUGGUGCUGCACAACGAGAUGAGCCUCUACCAUUUUGUGGUCCGAUGGCUGAACAAACAGCGUGAGAGACUGGACUUGAGCGAGCUGACGGAAGCUGAGAAGAAGCCGCACUGGGACUCGCUCGUCGCUGCCGUCUUCUCACACGUCAGAUUUCCAAUGAUGUGCCCCAAUCAACUAGCCAAGCUGUUGCUCUGUCCCCUCACACAGGAGCACAAGGACUUCUUCAUGGAACGAAUGGCGAUCGCUAUGAGCUAUCAAUCUGGUCAGUACGAGCGCGUGUCAGAAGUCCAGCAAACCGAAGCUGGCCGCAUGCUGUUCACCCCUCGCCUCUACACUGAAGACACCUGGGGCUCCAUGGUGUCUGUGGACAACUUCCACUCACUCCCCUCCUACCACACGCGAACGUUCAUAUUCUCGACGCGGCCGGCCAUCGCCGACGUGGCUGCUAAAGACCGCUUAGCUGAGUGGACCCUCGACCUCUACCCUAAGGGCGUCUGGUUCCGGAAGAGCUUGCUCAUCGUCUGGGGAGGCACUUAUGACGUGCCAGAGGUGGUCCUCCGGACAGUGAGGAUCUCGAUCACAUGCCAGAGCUGCCCGGAGUCCACUACCAACCAGUAUGGGGAGCCCGAACAGUUGGAACCUGAUGUCAGGGUUAAGAUCGGUAUACUAGUCUGGGGUGUACAGAAAGGCGUGGAACAUGUUUCUUCUGUGGUAGAACGAGUACACAGAUUUUCCGCACAAAAUAGGGUGCUGAACAUAGACGGUGCGCUGGACUUCGACCAGCUCAACACGCCGCUGUACAGCCCCGCCGCCGGCUGCGCGCCCCACGCCGGCAACACCGCCGCCAAACCACAAGGGAGGUGUCCAAAAUGCUCGGAUAGCUGCGAGUACCCAGAGCCCCGACAUUUGCUGGGAACAAACCGGGAUCAGUUGAGGAUACAAGUGGUGAUCGUGCCCCUGACGGACUACUGCCACGUGGGCGCGCCCGACGGCGUGGUCGGAUGACGUGGUCGCCGCGCGCCCACGGCGCCCACUGCGCCCACGUGAGGGAAAGACCUCAUUUCUUGAAUGGACAUUUCAAAGUAGAUAACAUAAAACGCCUGUAAGUCCUAAUAGGGUGGGUAGAACUGCCACACUUGACCUUGAAGUGUUAGUAUGGAUUUUGUGGCUUAUUUUAUGCGCGGGAAGAUAAUUCUAUGGUACAAGAAAACAAGGUAUUCUCCCCAGACUCCUUAUAAACAUUUCAUUCUUAUUGCCGCUAUAGGAGUGAGGGUGACAGACAAUUCGCGCGCGGUCUCUCUUACUCCUUAGCGGCUUACGGACAUUUAGACUAAUGAAGUCCCAGAGCGGUCUAUGACUUAGCUUUACUUUAGAGAAGUUAUUCUGGCAUUACAUAAAUACAGGGUGUUAGUGACAUCGUAACGAAAACUUUGAGGGAUAAUUCUGGCCAUGAUUCGGAGUUGAUAUCAACUAAUUUAAAAAAUAAUUAAAAAAAAAAAUCAUGAAUCGACGGAAAAUUCCACUUGAUAUUAACUCAGAAUCAUGGUCUGAAUCAUCCCCCUCAGUAUUCGUUACGAUGUCACUAACACCCUGUAUAUAAACUCACGCCUAUUUCCCACCGGAGUAAACAGAGAAUAUGGAAUUCCAUUUACUUCGAUUCUGACACACUUCUCUUCUCUUCUUUUUCUUCUAUUCUGGUAUUAAAUAGUCUGUUUUAAGGAGACUUUGGAAUGUGUUGAGGUCACAACCACGGAAAAAAAGAAAAAAAAAAAGCUCUAACGCAUAUUGUAUGAGAACCGCUAUCACCGGUUCAACUCCACUCUCUUUUACUCCUUCUGGAAAGAGAAAACUACUAUAGCUCUGCUGCUUCUCAAAUUCCAUAUCCACUUUACCGGUAAUGUAUAUUUUAUGUGAUAUUUUCGUAAAGUAAUGCAUACAGAAGUAUUUUUUUGAUGAUUUGGCAAGGGUGUGCUGCCGCCAAAGGAUGUUUUCGGGGUACCGAACUGAGCAUAGUACCCCGCUAGCCACAAGUUGUUAGUGUGACUAGGGAUCGACGAUCCGACGGUGUUAUGUUGAAAGUUGUAUAUAUGCGUCUUGCUGUGAAAACUUCGAUAUCGCGUUUCACGACUGCUUGAAAACUGCAUUAUUGAAUGUGGCGCCAUCUGUUGCAUGUGAGCGGAACUAGGUGGCCAACUAGUUGGGUCCGCUACAUUAUAGUGGAGCUCCGUGAGUCGUAAAGUUUGCGAACGAGUGGAGUGCAAAGUUGAAGUAUGAACUAUUUGCUCAUACUUGUAUGGCGCGCGUUUCGCGCUCACUUGGCCCUUACAACCUCUUUCUUCUAUUCCGUGGUCACAACUCAUCACUCGAUUACCAUAAUACUAGCGACCCGCCCCGGCUUCGCGCGGGUGCAAUGCUGAGGAAAAAAUUAUCUACUACAUCACAAUAAAAACCUCAAAAAUAAUAGUAUUUCUCCACUAUUUAAUGGAUGUUAUUAUACAUAUAAACCUUCCUCUUGAAUCACUGUAUCUAUUAAAAAAAAUCGCAUCAAAAUCCGUUGCGUAGUUUUAAAGAUUUAAGCGUACAUAGGGAUAUAGGGACAGAUAAAGCGACUUUGUUUUAUACUAUAGACUCUAUAGUAUGAUUGCUAUUGGCUACAAUAUAUCACUCUAUACUAUAGCGGCUAAUGGCGGCUAUUUCGGUUAAUGUAGCAUUCUACUAAUGAUAGAAUUUUGAAAAUCAGUUGAGUAGUUCCAUAGAUUAUCUCUUUCAAACUCAAAAACUUACAUACCUCUUUAUAAUAUUAGUAUAGAAUUGUAGAUAAUAUGGAUAUAGAUAGAUUAUGGUGCUGAUUCCUGAUGAGACCCAGGAGCGGACCAGCCUGCCUCCCAGAGAACCUGGAACCGCCCAUGAAGACACCAACUUAAUUUUAAUUAUAUUUGGCGCCUCUAAAAGUAGCUCUAUCUCUGUCUUGCACUCGUCGUAAGUGAGAGACGGCACUAUUAGGGCUGUCAGAUUAAAAUAAAAUUAAGUUUUGUCUUGAUUCAACACUAUUCUUUGAAACAUGGUCUCAGACUAUGUAGAUUAGUAAUGAUUGGAGAUGUUAUGUAUUUUGGCUUUCAAUAUUUGACAAAUAGAGACAAGGAGUAUGUAUACAUAUUUUAGUUUUAGUUGUACCUUGUAAAACGUAACGUGUUUAAUUAGAACAGGGCAGAUAUAUAGUACAUCGCCUAGUGCGAAAGAGACGAGAGACAUGUCACUAAUGUUACGUUUUAAACGAUGUUGUGUUCUACUCAAAAUAAAGGAAAUUAUUUAAAACAUACGUAGGCAGCUAGUUAUUAAGAUUUUAUAUAGAAGAAAUAAAUAUUUAAGCUCACGACUCUAUUCCUAAUUGGAGUGGUCAUGAGGCACUUACAUCGUAAGAUGAACUAAGUAUCCGUGCUUCACCGAGCUUUUUUGUAGACCAAAGUAGUAGGUGGUGAAAUAAAUAAAAUGCAUAUUAUAUUCCUAUUGCAGAUCCUUUUCAUAUAAGGCAGUAAAUAAUAUCUAUUAGAACUUGUUUAAAUUAUAAUGGUACUAAUCCCUGUAGACACUGGUGCUAAUUCCUGUAAAUACCAUCUAAUUUUAUUUUAAGUUAUAUCUGUCAUUUUCUGAUCUGCCGAAAAGGAAAGGGACAGGUAAUCGACAAGCAUAAAAUUUAUGGAACACACGUCAAUUUUAAGCACAAAUCUAAAACAACCGUCUAAAAAUUUUACAUUGGCCCUAUAGAAUUAAGUUGACAGCACACGUCCAACGGUUUGCGAGCGAGCGAGAUACCUUUUGAUUCGUCCGGGUUAUUCAUUCAUUUACUCAUUCUUCCUAAAAUUAAGAGCUGUCAAUCAUCCGUCCCUUUCCUUUUCGGCGGAUAAGAAAAUGGCAGGUAUAACUUAAAGUAAAAUUAGGAGGUGUCUGCAGGAAUCGGGGCCACUAUCAAAUUUUAAGUUAUACCUGUCAUUUCCUUAUGCCCCGAAAAGAAAAAGGACGGCUAAUCGUCAGGCAUAAAAUUUAAGGAAAAAAUAAUUUCAAGCACAAAUCUAAAACAACUCUACUUCAACUUCAUCUUUUUUCUUGUUUACGUUCAGAAACGAUGAUUCUUAAAACAACCCUAUAAAGUUUUUACAUUAGUCAAUAACCCGACAAAGUUCAGUUGACAGCAAACAUCAAACAGUUUGCUUACCAGCGUGAUACCUAUUUGAUUUGUUCAUUCUUUUUUAAAUUAACGGCUGUCAAUCAUCCGUCCCUUUUCGGAAUAAGAAAAUGACAGGUAUGACAAAAUAAAAUUAGAUGGUGUCUAUAGGAAUUAUCACCAAUAUCGUGUUUAUUUUAAUAAACUUUAUGUAAUUUCGUUAUUUCUUAAUUUUCAUCUUUAUAGGGUAACCUAUUAAGUCAAAUUUUAUUUUUAUACUUUCAGCACAGUUUGUACUUAUCCGCCUUUAGUGAAAUUACAUUCCGAUUUGAUUUUUGAUAACGUAACCUCGCAAUAGACACGCAAGUUUCAAUGUAAGUAAAAAAUUGUGGGCUCAAUUUUUACCCGGAUUGAAAUGAGAGAAAUCGAGGUUUUGUUGAAGAAAUUCACGCGGAGAUGGGUGGAGUAGACCGGAGAUGUGCGGAUUUGACCAAUCACAGCGUUCGAGAGAGCGAAAAACGAAGAUGCUCUGUCACUCUCUCCCUCGCGGUGAUUGGUCGAUUUCUGCACAUCUCCGCUCCUCUCCGCCCAACUCCGCGUCAAUAAAAACGCAGCCUAAGAUUAUUUCGCUAAAGGCGACAAUGGCGCUAAUUCCAGUACAGUCAUGAGCAAUAUAAUGUACCCACUUUAGGACUCUGUCGCACUAACAUAUUUGACAUUUAGUGAGACUUAAGAGUUCAAUUUGUCAAAAAAUGUAAUGUGACAUGGUACCAAAGUGUAUACAUAUUAUUAAUGCUCGUGACCGUACACACCAUCUAAUUUUAUUUUAAGUUAUACCUGUCAUUUUUUUAUCCGCCGUAAAGGAAAAUGACAGGUAAUCGACAAGCAUAAAAUUUAUGGAACACAUCUCAAUUUUAGGCAGAUAUUAAAAAAACCCUUCCAAAAUUUUAUAUUGGCCAAUAACCCGAUAUACUUAAGUUGAUAGCACACGUUAAACGGAUUGCGUAUGAACGAAAUGCUUAUUUUAAUCGUCCGGGUUAUUCAUUAAAUUUAAAAUUCAAUCAUCCAGUUGUCAAUCAUCCGUCCCUUUCCUUUUCGGCGGAUAAGAAGAUGAUGGGUAUAACUUAAAAUAAAUUUAGGAUGUUUUUGCAGGAAUCGGGGCCAUUAUUUUAUUUGUUUGCGAAUUAAUCAUAAAAACCUAUUCUUCCAAUGUGAGUUAUUGUUGUCUAUAUUUUUUUAUUAUUAACAUGUUCACUAUGUAAUUGAUAAUUAGAUGUCGACCCCUCACGUGCAAUGUUAUUUUUCGAUAAACACGAUACAUUAUGGCAUGAAAAAAUGUGCCCCACAUAUGGGUCAUGAACUCCAAUUUGCCUCAUAUGUGGUUCAUACACUGUGAACGUGUUGAUUGUACAUGUGAUUUCCUCCAUGUUGUAGGCGUGCUCCGGUCCGCCGGUGGCCCAUGUUGCUUUAUAAUUGUGUGCAAUAUUUUAUCCUUGAUAAUUGUAAAGUAUUGUUCUAGGAUGCAUAAUAAACCUGUUACGACAUUUUA